CUUUUCAAUCCGGCCAUUAAGAAAUUCCCCAAUUUAAUUUCUCCACCAAAGGGGAGGGAGGAGCUCGGCACCUCAUUCUCGUAUUUUCUUACUGUCCACCCGAAGCCUUGCGUCCUGCCAGUGAACCCGGAGCAAUUCACCAACGCACCAACUGCCACGGUCUUCUUCGAAGAAGCCGCCGCCUUCCAAGUACUCCAUAGACGAACCUUCUCUCUCCAGUUCCUAUGGCGACCAUAAGAAAUCUGAAAAUCAAGUCAGGGACUUGUAAACGAAUUAUUAAGGAGUUGCAUUCAUAUGAGAAAGAGGUUGAGAGAGAAGCUGCCAAAACAGCAGACAUGAAGGAAAAAGGAGCUGACCCUUACGACCUUAAGCAACAGGAGAAUGUGCUUGCUGAGUCAAGGAUGAUGAUUCCUGAUUGUCGCAAGCGCCUAGAGGCCUCAUUAGCUGACCUGAAAGGAACUUUGGCUGAGCUUGAGGAGUCGAACCAAAAGGAUGCCCCUGAAAUACUGGAAGCACAAAGCAUUCUAGCGGAGGUUGAACAGUUGUUUCACACAACUGAAGCUUAAUAAUGUUGGGGGCUUGGGAUUUUGAGUUUGUUUUCGUUUUAAACUUGGCUACUGGAAUCCGAAGUUGUUCCUCUUCGUGCCUUUGAUGGGAUAUAAGAAAACAAUGCAAACAAGUGGCGAACAAAAACAAUUGCGCCAAAUACUUACCUGGACCCAUUACUUUCUUUGUGUGAUGUUAAUUAAUUUUAGAUAUCAAUAUACUGUUUUACUUAGA